UCCAACCAAAGCAAUGGCCAAAACGCCACCGUUCUUUACUCCCCCUUCCCUCCUCCUAGUCUCCGCCGUGAUCUUCCAACUCUCAGCCGUGACUUCCGCCGUAGGUAUCAACUAUGGAACAUUAGGGAACCUUCCACCGCCGCAACAAGUGGUGGACUUCAUCAAGACAAAGACCAUUUUCGACAGUGUCAAGAUCUUUGACGCGAAUCCAGACAUCCUCCGAGCCCUAGCAGGCAGUGGAAUCCACGUCACCAUUACGGUCCCUAACGGUAACAUUCCAGCGUUGGCCAACCUUGAAAAUGCACGUCAAUGGGUCGCUGCCAAUGUGUUGCCGUUUCAUCAGACCACGAUCAAAUACAUUUGUGUUGGGAACGAGAUUCUUCUCACUAAAGACAUGAACUUGAUCUCAAAUCUUGUACCGGCGAUGCAAAGUCUUACCGAAGCUUUGAAAGCUUCCGGUCUCACAGAUACAAAGGUUACAACUCCACAUGCGUUUACCGUAGGCUAUAACCAAAAUGCACCAAGCGAGAGCAGGUUCAACGACGAUCAAAAGGACUUUUUUGCUAAGGUCUUGGAGUUCCACCGUCAGGCCAAGUCCCCAUUCAUGAUCAGCGCUUACCCUUAUUUCAUGGUGGACCCGAACAAUGUCAAUUUCGCAAUAUUUGGUCCCUCGUCACAUGGUCUAAUGGAUACUCACACACAACACACAUACAACAACAUGUUCGAUGCAAUCAUGGAUGCAACUUACUCAGCUAUGAGUGCUCUAGGCUAUGGUGAUGUAGAUAUCUCCGUAGGGGAAACUGGUUGGCCUAGCGUUUGCGACGCACCAUGGUGCACGCCUGAAAACGCUGCAAACUACAACCGCAACAUUAUCAAGCGUGCACAGAACAUAGGGACACCUCUUAUGCCUAACCGCCACAUCGAUAUCUUCAUAUUCGCAUUGUUCAAUGAGGAUGGUAAACCCGGUCCAAACGUCGAGAAACAUUGGGGGCUAUUCAAACCGGAUUUUUCUCCGGUUUAUGAUGCUGGUGUCUUACGAGGCGGUACUGGAGGUACUCCACCAAUAAUUAGCCACAAAGGAAAAUGGUGCGUGGCCAAACAAGAGGCGACAAACGCACAGCUACAAGCUAAUAUUGAUUGGGUGUGUAGCCAAGGUAUCGACUGUAAGACAAUCUCACCUGGUGGAACAUGUUUUGACAACAACAACAUGAAGACACGUGCCUCAUUUGUUAUGAACGUUUAUUACCAGAGCAAAGGUUGCUCGGAAGACGCUUGUAAUUUCAGCGGAAGUGGCAUGGUCACUAGUAACGAUCCAAGCACUAGCUCAUGCGUCGUCGUAGCAAAUGGAUCACACAUGGGAAAUAGUAUAGAACCACCGAGAAAGUUGCCUAAAUGGUGUGUGCCAAAGGAAGGCACAUCAGAUGCACAGCUUCAAGCAAACAUUGAUUGGUUGUGCGAUCAUCCACAAUCAUUUGUGCUUUGUAAGCCAAUCUUCCCUGGCCCUGAUGGGUCUUGUUUCCGAGAAACGUUGAGGACGCGAGCCACGUUCGUCAUGAGCUAUUAUUUUAUGAGCAGAGGUGUCUCUUGGGAGGCUUGUAAUAACUUCAACGGUAGUGGCAUCAUCACUUAUACCAACCCAAGCACUGUAUCGUGUUUCAUAAAUGCCAUACCCUAA